ACCCCCUUUUGAAAACUUAAGCUGCAUUCGAUUGCGCGCGUAAAUCGACAGUGUUUUGAUCGCGGUUCGCGGAUUUAAAUGUGCGGUGUGAAUUGUUUCGAAAUAUUUUUGUGAAAUUUUGUGGCUACGGCAGUUUUUGUUAGUGAACGUUCACGUUAUUUGAAAAUUUCCCGUCUAAGAGUUGUGUAAGUGCGACUAAAAUAACAGCAGGAUGUCGAUCCUACUGGCGGAUAUCGACGCGACGUGCUCAUCGUUGGGUUGGGAUGAUGGUUGUAAAUAUCAUAUGGAACCGGAUGCCAUCAUGGGGCUGAAACAUCUGAUCUGGAUUCUGAAGCGGGACAGCAGCGAUCAUGAGUAUCGCCGGUACAUCGGCCAGAAGAAGGUGAUGCAAACCGAUCUGAUCCCGAUGCUGAUGAGCAAUUUCGACAAUCCAGACGUGGCCGAUGUGCUGCUGCGUUUGAUCGUGAAUUUGACCUAUCCGACGCUGCUACUGUACCAGGGUACACAGCCAAAAGAUGCCGUUGGUCGGCGGCAAUAUCUACACCUGGUGGAGAUACUGCAGGGCUAUAAGGAAGCGUUCGCUGUUCAGCAAGCUUGGGCUGCUCUCGGGGAGCGUUUGCAGAAAGUGUUGGAAGUGGAUUGGUCAGAGCGAAUCGAAGAUCAAGAGCUUAUCAUCGAACGAAUUUUGACCCUUACUCGCAACGUUCUGAACGUCCCAGCAAACAGCGAUGUGGAAAAGCGAUUCGAUAAUGACGCCAGUUUGCACGAUCAGGUCCUAUGGGCACUGCACUCGGCCGGUGUGCUCGAUCUGAUUCUUUACAUACUCGGUUCGGAAUAUGAACACCAAUAUCACCUGCACGCGCUGGAAAUAACUUGUCUGGCGUAUCGAGAGCAAUCGGCCACCAGCUUGGCGGAUGCUUCCUAUCAACGAAGUGCAACGGAGAAGAACCGCGAUGAGCUGGAACUGAUUGCGGCCAGGAAGCGGGAAAAGGCCAAACAGCUGAGCCGCAUUCCGGCGGCACGUCACUCACGGUUCGGGGGGACGUAUGUGUUUCAAAACAUCAAAUCGAUUUCGGACAACGAUUUGAUCUGCCACCAAUCGUUGCAGAAGGCCCUGCAGAUGGAGUUCGAUACGGACAAGCAGAAGGUGAAGAAAAGUUUUCGAAACGUGCGCGAAACGGAAACUAUCGAGCGGAAAAGUGCGUUUUCGGUGCGGUUGUUUUUGCGCGAAUACUGUAUCGAGGUUCUACGGUCGUCGUACAACAAUUUGGUGCGUCAAGUGCGGAAAAUUCUGGAGAGGAAUGCCCACGGUCAGGAAGCUAGUGGUGGGCACGAUGAUUCGUAUUUGCUAUGGGCAAUUCGUUUCUUUAUGGAGUUUAAUAGAGCGAGUGGAUUCAAGCUGGAGCUGGUGAGUGAAUCGCUCAGCGUGCAGUGCUUCCAUUGGAUUAUCACCCGCAUAGAGCACUUUGUUGACAUGAUGGGCUCCGAUAAAACCCGAGCUCGCCUUUGGGCACGGCGCCUCCACAUGGCCGUACAGGCUUACCGUGAAAUGCUGCACAGUCUACAGGCGCUGGCAAAGCUGCCGGACGAGAAAGCCAAGGACCUCUUUCUGAUGCUGCAGAACAACAUCUUUUACGUGCUGGAGUAUCGUGAGGUGGUGCUGCAUUUGCUGAUCAACUACAAGGAAACCAACAGCACACGAGCUUACUUACGUGACGUGGUUGAAACGGCCCACAUGUUCUUCAAGAUGCUGGAAAAGUAUUGUCAGGGGACUGUGCGUGUGCAGAGUAAGAAGCGCGCCAAGCCGAAGCGGAACAAAAACCGCCAGAACAAUGCCGCCUCACGAAAGGACCCGGAGCUUGAUGCGGAAGGUUUGGAAGAACUGUGGCUAACAAUGGCGGGCGAAGUUUCGACAUGUCUGGCUAAUCAGAUUACACUUCCCGAGGAAGAUCAUCCGAUUCCAUUCGACGCGGCUUCGGACGUUUCCAUCGACGAUCAGAAAGGCGACUGCAUGAUAAGGAUUCAUUCCUUGCUACGUGACGGAAAAUACGAACAUGCAAUUAUUUUAAUGCGAUCCGCCAGGGAAGUUUGGCCCGAGGAUGAUUGUUUUGGAUCGCAGGCAUCCGCACCGGAAGAUGAAUUAAUGCUGCUCAAGGAGAUUUUCUUGGCAAAUCUUCCACGGGUGGCAGAAAAACAACCCAUCGAGAAUGAGUUCAUCGAUGGGGAUGGAGCCGACGACUACGAUGAUGAGGAAGAUGACGAAGAAGAAGAGAGCCACAUGACUGAAACUGAUUUUCGCUUCGAAGAUUUUGCUAAAAGAUUGCUGAAUCCGAAAGUCGUGCAUGCCUGUACUCUGGUGCUCAGCGACUUUGAGACUAUCCCAGCAGCGUCCAUUAAAGCUGCCGUUACCAUCUUGCACAGGGUUGCCGUUGGGUGUAAAAUGCCGGCUUUGUUGUUCCAAGCAUCAUUGUUCCGGAUCUUCCAGCGUGUCUUCCAAGCACCCAAGGAUGCUCAUCACGAGGAGCUGCGCCGGUUCGGUGUUUAUAUCGUUCGACAGUUUACCGCACUGGCACCGAAUAAUCCGAAAAUCUACGCCGAACUGCUGUUCUACAAAUCGAUUAAGGAAGCAAACGGAAUCGAAAUGGGCUACGAGGAUGUCUACGGGAACAGCGUCGGUACCGGCGGAGGUGUGAAAGGUGCAUGGAACGAGGAACAGGAGGAAGAGCUACGACGACUGUUCAUGGAAAAUCAAGAAAAUCCCGAAAGCGAUCAAGACGUUAUCGACUGGAUAGUGGAUAAUUUGAUUGACAAAUCUCGAUCCCGGCGAGGCGUCAUCAAGAAGCUCAAGGAACUGGGAUUGAUAUUCAAGGCGCCCACCAAGAAGAGCAACGCUGCUGCCAACAACAAGAAUCUCUGGACAACGGAGCAAGACGAUAAACUGAAGGAGCUGUACGAUGAGCAUCGUUUGAAUGAAAAUGUACUGGCGAUUAUCACCGGCGAGUUCGACGGGGCGCGCUCUAAACAGGCCAUCGUCAAUCGUAUGAUUUCGCUGGGACUGAUUGCGGACAAGUCGGAGGUAAAACCGCCGAGAAAAUCGCGUUCGAAAAAGAAAACUGUCGAAGGAGGUGAACCUAUGAGUAGCGAUGACGGUGGUUUGACGUCCGAAUCCGAUGACGAUGUAGACGUUAACAAUGCUAUGAAACCUAAAAAGCCUACCAAACCUAAGCACGUUUCGGCUGCUUCGAAUGCAAAGCGAAGUAACCAAGCAGCAUCUUCACUGAAUUUCCGCCGAAUCCGGACGAUUUUAACGGAAAUUGAAGAGUCCAUGAAGGAAGCUGUCGAUUGGUUGAUCGAAUCGUUUGUUGAAGCUUGCGACGAUUACGACGAGGACAUUGAAGAUCCCGAUGAUGGUGUACCAUUGGUUCCGAUUAUGCAAGCACAGCGCGAUGCUUUGGAGAGUUCUCAGUUCAAAGAACUGCUCAAAGGGCUGGGAUUGGAAUCGCCAGUUGAUAAUGAAGCCUACUGGCGCAUUCCAGUGUCCAUGAAGCCUGACGAUCUUCAACUGCGUGUGAAAUGCCUUAAAGGUGAAAAUCAUCCCACGGAAGAACAACUUGAUGCUGCAUCCCAACCGUUAGCAGUAGAGAAUGUAUCGCACCCUUCGGAUGAUGACGAAAUUUCGGAGGAUCUUUUCAGCGCCUGGCGUAACAAAGCGAACAUUGUGUACAGUAAAAGUGAUGACGAAAGUGAGACUCGCAAACCUUUAAAGAAAAAACAAGCGAAGAAAGCCGCGAGAAAACCCAAAGAACCGAAGCAAAGCAAGAAGAAAUCCGGGAAACUGAAUCUCAUUGACUUGGAAAAGCGCAGCGAUGAUGAGACUGAUAAAGCCGAAGCGUCAAGACUCAGCGAUGGUGAACUGGAAAGUCUGGAUGAUUUUCCCAGUCAUCGAUCUCUUGUGGUUACGAGUGAUGAGGACGAGCCCGCCAUCGCUCCCGUUGAAACUGCUGAGGCCGCCAGUCGACCGAAAACAAAAAAGUCGAAAAUCGUGCUGAAUCCCGACUCGGAACCGGAAUCGGACAGCGAGCAGGUCCGGCUCGUUGUGUCGGAUGACGAAGCGGAUGACGACGACCGAAUCUACGACGGGCAGAGCGAACCCAUGGGUACGAAACGCCACAGGUCGGUAAUUUCCGAUGCGUCCGAUGAGGAAGGAAAUGUGACAUCGAAGAAGAGCAAACAUCAUCGGAAAGCGAUUAUCAGCGAUGACGAAGACGACUAAAUGAAGGAUUCUUUUUACAAAACUGUGUCUAGUAUUAAUUUAUGAACUACGUAUUUCAUUGACAUUUA